CAAUGUGUAACUUUGUGUGUUAUUAUUUUAAAUAUUUGUUUUAACUAAUUAAUAUUAAUGUGUUUAUUUGUUAAAUUUGCAUGAUCAAUGGGAGCUAUAUUUUGUACCAAGAUUAAUGGUCAGUAUAUCCGUUGGAAUCACAUUAGUAUUUUAUACGAGCAAGAUAGCAAAUUACCAGGCAAUUUAAGGGUUUGUCCAAAAUUAUCCAGAAACCAUGUACAUCUUAGUGUGUCUGAUAAAAUGAGAGUACGGCUAGCUACCCAAGUGUUGAGUAAUUCUGUUGCUAAUGGCUUAUUGUUUUAUAAAAAAUAUAAUAUUCCUGGCUUAAAUGAUUGUGAUCCAACAUCCGAAUUUUGUCAAAAGUUUAAUGAUUGUUUUGACGCACUGAACAGAAAAUUUGGUGCUGAAGGACUAAGAGUUAACGGCAAAGACUUUCAGUUUCUUCAAUCAUUUUUGGUUUGGUUGAAUGAAUGGCAAAAACAAUAUUCAGAUGGCGAAGUAAAAAAAUCAGAAUUUUUAUCUGAUAGCACUGCUUGUGGGCUAAGAAUUACAAUUCAAUCUACUCUUGAUCUUUCUGGUUAUUUAAAGUCAUGCUGGAACUUUAAAUAUCUAUUAACAGGGAAAAUUAAUCAAGACAAACUUGAAGUAAGUACAGUCAGAAAGAAGUUGUAA